UUGUUUAGUUUCAAAUUUACAAAUAUUACAAUUUUUUCUAAUCGAUCAUAUUUUCAGAUUUACGGAUGUGCCCUGAACCAAGGAUACACCUCGUGUGAGCAGCUGAUCGAAAGUGUGCGCCAAGCGAACGUUCACAACUGCGCCGCUGCUGACGUAGAGUUCGCCGUAGCCGUUUACGUUCAUCCCUACAUGAACAAUAUACUGUCGGUGUGGAUUUCGGUCUCUCAGCUUCUUCGCAAGCGAAUGUGA